GUCGGAGGGUUCCUCUGUGUUUCCAUUCACUACAAUUCUCUCAAAUUUCAACCAAAGUUGAAUAUUGUUCCAAAACCCUAGAAAACCUAUACAAAAUCGACCGAUCGAUCACCCACAUAGAAUUGGGGAUUAGUAAUGUCGGAGGCGUACGAGAAGGUUAAAGGCGGAAGAUUAAUCUUCAAGGGCGGCGCACUCGCCACCCGCGACAAGCCCAUCGACAAGAAGAAAAAGAAGAAGAAAAACAAAAUAGAAUCAAACGACUUCGUGGAGGAUGAACCAACUACUGUAAAUGCUGAUUCGAAUUCGGAUAUAUACACGAUUGACGCUGCGAAGAAGAUGAAGUACGAUCAGUUAUUCCCGGUUGAGGCUAAGAAAUUCGGUUACGAUCCGAAUGCUAAGGUGACGUCCGUUGAAGAAGCGCUAGAUGACCGGGUCAAGAAAAAGGCAGAUCGUUACUGCAAAUGAAAUGUAUCGGCGUUUAUUUAGCUACGACAGGACGUGUGAUGACAGAGCUACAGUCUUUGUCCCAGCUCUUUCAAGAGGUACUAUCGUUUUUGUAGCGGUAUGUGGAGUUAAAUGGGUUCUUAUUCCCAAAUGGCUUUGAAUAAUUCUGUGCACUAUUGUAUCUAUCCCUAUUAUACAGGGGAAGUUUAACAAUCAGGAAGUUUCAUGUGCUGUAGUUGAAAUUUAGUUUCUGGGCUUAAGUUUAUAUAAUCAUGUGUUUAGCAUGUAAUAUUACUCUUCACGGUGUUGGAUUUAGUUUGUGAUUAUAUUUCCUUUGUAUUGCACAUGCUCAGGGAACUGGUAUCUUAUUUUAGAGCAGAAGUAAGUGUACAGAAUUAGAUUAGGAGCAUGUCUAAAUUAGGACACUGUGUCAAGGAUGCUUCCGUGCUGUUGGUACC